UAAUAAGCCGUCGAGUACCGCAAGGAAUUCUGGGAGUGAAGGAAGGGAACCAUAUUUUUCCGAUAUUACAUAUGCGAAAAUAUUGUGGAGGGAAAGCAAGGAUUAUUCCGUAUUGUAUUUACUUAUGUCAUUUAUGUGAAUUCAGAUCAAAUUUACAAUUUUAAGGUGUCAGUAAACAAAGUGUUUGGUUUCUUAGUGUAUCAUUAUAAAGCAGACGGUUGAAAACAGAAGUGAUUUCGCGCAGGUGUUGGGCAGUUUACGGGAUGCAGUGUUGAUGACAUUGAUAUCAAAACAACAGCCGAAUACCUGGAUAGGCCCUUGUAGUUGUGCAUAUUGUUUGAAGUGUAAUGUCAGGAAGGAACAUCUUCCCGGAAAUACAAACAUAUGCAUCAAAUACGUCAUGCAGAGUUUACCAGGAAUAGUGGCGUGCCUAUGUACAUGUGGUGUGUCAGUGAUGGUGGUGGCUGUUGUGUUGGCAACACCGUUAGACAAUGGCUGGCAAGCCUGAGCCUCCUCAAAAUCACAUUCAGCACCAUCAACAACCACCAAAUGUGCAGAAUGUUGUAGUGUAUGUGUCAAAUGAUAAUUUUUCUGCUCAAGCAUAUGCUACAGCAGUUAAUCAACAAAAUGUUACUGCUUCAUAUCCUCCACAACAGUCCCAACAGAAUGGUGGAACAUUCAACCCUUCAACGCAAUCAGUGGCCCCCAUAGGGGCACCCAUGAAAAAUGUCAAACCUCCUGUAAUUAAAACUCAGGACUUCCCUACAAGCAAUGGCCUCAUUGGUAAUAUUUCCUUACCUCAGCAGGCAAGUUUCUAUGCAUCGACAAAUACCCCAGGUGGGCUUGUGCAAACUAAUGGCUUCCAACAUAGUCAUGGUUCAAAUAUCAUAAAUAACAUUGCAUGUAGCAAUAAUAAUGUUGGUCACACUGAUGCAAUUUUGAACCAAGGAUUUGGAAAUGGUACAUCUGUUAAAAACCUUGUGAAUUUAGGAGGCCAUCCAAACAUUGGACAGCAGCAGGCUGUUUGUCCAGGCAAUAUUGAGGUACCUUCCGGCAUUAUCAGUAAUUCUAAUGAGCAGCUCUGUAAUGGGUAUUCUGUUGUGCCUCAGCCUCCCCAGGCCCUCGUGCACGAACAGCUACAUCAUCAACAGCAGCAGCAACAUCAUCGUCAACAGCAACAGCGCGUCGCUGUUACGUGCGCCCAGACAUUCUUCAGCAGGCCUGACCAGAAGAAUAAUGCACGCAACGAAAGUGGUGGCAAUAGUUCCUCAGUGUCUCAGGCUCUUGCGGCAACUAAUUUUAUUACUACAUCUCAAGGUGGAGAUGCCGCUAACGUAGUGGCUGUGAUGGGGUGUGAUGGGGGCACUGCCGGUUCAUCAACACCUUCAAGUGGGACUGUCGUCUUCCCAAGAUGUGAUUCGGUCCGGUCGGAAACAGCCGAAUCAAGUUGUAGCAGUUUAAGUUCGGCAGACAGUCAACCAGAUGCUGGUACAAACUCUUUGGCUUUGCUCCUUCCACCUGCAGCAGCAAGUCACCAUUUGACUCCAGUGAAUAACCCUCAUUUAGUUACGAGCGGGAACAAUAGUUUAGUUCAUCAGAGUCCUGCUGUCCACCCUGGUCUUAACAGUGCUGCAGGCAUGGUGAUGCUAAAUAAUGGUGUGACUGUACAACAGUCUGGUUCUCAGGCUGCGGGAAUAGUGCGAACACCCAGUGGUGCCAUAUCACUUUCACAGCAGCAACUUGGCAAUAUUGUGUUAGCUAUGGCAGUUCCUCCAAAUACUGGACCAUUGAACAAUAACAACUUGAUUCAACCGACAGUUUCGUCGGUUCCUGUGCAGCCAGUGGUGCCGACUAUAACGGUGCCAUUCGGUUGGAAGAGACUCCACAUUAAUGGGGCUAUCGUCUACAUCAGCCCCAGUAACACGGCGCUCAGCUCCUUGGACCACCUGAAGGUGUAUCUGCAGACACAAGGGACGUGCAAGUGUGGACUCGAGUGUCCGCUGAAGUGCGAUGCAGUUUUCAACUUCGACCCCAAGGUGGCGACCAGACCUUGGACAUUGCCGUCGUCAGACGCGACGGUGGUCUCAGGUGAUCUCACCAAGCUCUGUAACCACAAGAGAAAAUUGCUCGCGAUGGCUACUUUGGCUGCGGGUCCGGGGUUCAAUUCCCAACAACAGCAGGCGCACGGGCUACAGGGUACAGGCGACACGCAAGUUGCAAAGACAAAGAAAGACGGUCGUGGGGCAGCGCGCAAGAAGCGAAAGGUGAGUGGCACUGGUUGCUUCUCUGGCGUGUCAGUGUCACAGCUGUUGGCACAGAGGGAAAGGAAUCUCGCUGCUGGGACACCUCCCCAAAGCAAAGAGCCUGCCGAUCGGGCACCUCAGAGUUGGAGUGCAGGACCAUCUUCUGCUGGAACAACUCAGCGUCCUGCUAGUGGUCCGCAGAUACCAAGCACGACUCAGUUUCCUCCUCCUAACUUCACUUCUGACACUAACGUCAUUCAAGGGGUUAACGCUUCUCAGCAAUUCCUUCGUUACACUGCCCGAAAUGGAGCAGUCACCUCGACCAUUUUAGGUGGCAAUGUCAUGGUUCAUCAGAACACCUCUCCUGUCCAUCUGAGCAGCUUAAUGCACCACCACCAGCAGCAGCAUAGCUUGAUCGGAGUCACGGGCAAUGGUCAGUCGGUCGUGAAUAUUCAGCCUGGGAAUCCAGUGAUGGAGUAUUCUAAUACCCAGAGUAACAGCAGUAGUGUGAACCCUCAUCAGGGUGGAAGUAAUGCUGGUAACCCCACUGUUAUGAGUAACAACGCAGUAAACCCACUGAUGGUAGGUGACACAGAUAAUCAAGUUAUGAUGAAUGCUAGUGGAAUGAUGGUUCAUAGUGGAGGAAAUCCUGGUGUUUUGUGUUACCCUCAACAAAGGGCGCCGUCUAUGAGCGGGGCUCCCGAUGAAAUUCAAAAUGCCAGUGGUGGUGCCAUCAGUGGCAACAAUAAGGUACUACAGCAGCAGCAGCAGCAGCAUGUUAUGUACUCAGGUGUUGUGAAUUCUUCAGGUUCUGGCCAAAGUCCUCAGGACUUCCGCAUGUUAAGAAUACAACAGCAACAACAGUUCUAUGGACAGCAGCAGAGUCCGUAUCAAGUUCCGCAGUCUCUGUCAGAAGAUCAGAACAAAGUUGCCAUGCAGCAGGAACAGCCUUCUGCAGUGCAAAAUACCAGGCAGCCGCAGCAGUUUGUAUCUGUGUCAUGCAGCAGUGGUGUAGGCAUCCCAGUUUCAGCCAGCGUCUUUGUCGACCAGUAUGGCAGAGGACAGCAGAUAACAGGAACAGUUUCUCAACAACAACAUCAAAAUAUUUUACAAAUGCAGCAACAGCAUCACCACAAUAUGGCGUCAUCUGGUUCGGCUGGGAGUGGUGCUAUCAUGAUGACGCACCAGCAGAGAGCACCGCCAUGGCAGCAGCAAAAUAGAAGCAUUGCCAAUAAUACAGGUACAGGAACAGCAAUGCAUCAGCAACAUCAUUCUCCGAUCGUUAUGCCGACGCCACAGUCUAACACCUUACCAUCUCCUAGUGGUUAUGACCGUGUUCCCCCUCUGCAUCAUCACACACCUCCACUACCUGUCUGGACAGAAGAAAUAUCAAGGAAGAAGCCAAAGGGAUCAGGAAAGUCUGGUUUACUUAACAGAAAACAGCGGUCAUACAAUGUCCUUGAUCAUCAGCAGCAUCAUCGAAUCGGUAUUGCUGGAAUACCAGGAAGUGGAGGACCUUCACCUAUGGAUUCUCAUGCCCCUUGUCCAAACAUCGAUGUCCGUCAGAUUCCCAUAGAGCAUAACAGACCUCCACCCUCUCAUGCCAAUAAUACUGAUAGUUCUAAUCCCACGUACAUGGCAGGAACCAGCCAUAAUGUUCCAUCCUUUAUGGAGGACCCUAGUGGCUAUCUAGCACAGCAGACAGCUUUACUGAACAGCACCAUUUCACGCCAGACCGGUGUUGGUGGCCCAAACUUUAUGUGUCAUAGCCCGGUUCGAAAUCCCAUCACUCCCGACCAUCAGGUGCCGAGCCCUCAGACCGUUCCCACUUCCUGUUCUUCACCAACAGCUGUGGGUGUUCCUUUGCCAAGUAAUGUCCUCUUACCACCACCAAAAGGAACCCCCGGUUUUACCUCAAGGACAAAUCCUAAUAUAUCUGUACAACAACAAAACCUCAAUUCCCAUGCUUGUAUUCCAAAUCCUGUAGCUAUUACACUACAUCACAGUAUAGGUAGCCCAAUUCCUACGUCUUCAUACACACAGCCUCAGAACCAAGGUUCCGCAGUGCCUGACAGCAAUGCAGUGCCUGAACAGAGAAUGGAAAUGGGAAAUCAUUGUCAGGGUUGUGUUGUUAGUUCAGGAUCACUACUUCCAGUUUCUACAUCUGGAGGUGGGUCAGGUGAUAAUAUAUUAUUUCAUCAUCAAAUGCAGCAGCAGAUUCAGCCGCUCGUACAGCCCGAACAUGCAAAUGUGAGUCCUGGGAACCAGUGUGUGCAUCAGCAGCAGCAUAACAUGCCAAGUGAGUUCAAACAUUACCAUGUGCAGCUUAAUUCUGGAGGAACACAGAAUGACACGUUGGUCCAGCAGACUCCGAGUAAUGUGACUCCUACACCUAAUAUUGUCCAAGAGGAAAGCCCUGUAACAUCAUCAACAUUUGAUAGAUUGGGUAAUCCUGUACCACAUCGUCAUCAGGCGUCAGUGACAUCUGACUCUAGAGGACCAAUUCAAGGGGGUACUGUUAGCACGAGUAAUGGCUCUCCUGUGGAGACAUAUGCUUUACCACAGCCUGAAGCAUCACCAAGUUCAUCCACAUCAACUUCAUCACAGUAUUGCCGGAUACCUGACACAUCGUCAGCAUCAAAUAAUAUCUACAUUUCCUCUUCAUCUUCACCAUUCACUGUUCCUAACUUAAGUCCUCCUGGACCCUAUUCUUAUUCAAAUCCGCCACAGGGACACUUUCAGGCUCCCAGAAAUGAGAACAUUGUUUCCUGUUCUCCGGGUGCAUCGACCCCUCCUGUUAUGAGGCAACACCCCAACAACAGACUGGGUGAAAACUUUUGCCAUCAUAUACAUGAUCAAAUACGAGGUCAGAAGUUCACCGUCCAGUCUUCAACGAUGGUCACAACAAUGGCAAGUGGACAUACAGUAAGCAGCAACACGAUAACAUCGGUACUAGCUGGAAAAGCAAAUACUGCAACUGUGUCGGUUGGAAAUUCAACUGCAAACACCCCGCCUCAACCUGUACCAUCAUUGUACACAAAUCAGACAACCAUCAUGACUUUACCGCAGCCUUGCACAUCAGUUUUGGCUGGACAUUCGCAGGGCAUGCAAGUUUCCACUAUGUCCAAAUCACCAUUAGAGAUGGUUCAGAGUGUUGUGAGCAGUAUUCAGGUUCCUCCUCACCAGCAGCAGCAGCAGAAUAUGUCAGGUACAGGCAAUAACAUGCAGGCAACACAACAGCAGCAGCAGCAAGCAACCACUCUAUUGAAACCCCCGGGGGCACCGCCUGGGCUGCCUCCAGGACACAUCUUUGUUUCGAGCAGUGGCCAGUUGAUAAUGGCAAAUGCCGGGAGUGUGAUGACCCCGACGGGCCCUAGUACAGGGUUAAUGGCACCACCACCGCAGCCACCUCCUCCCCACUCCAUGGCAAAACUUGUCAGCCAUUCCUCCAUGCCGCCUCUGUCAGUGUCACCCAUGGUGACAAAUGUGACUGCAGCAAUGACUCAGGUUAUCCCUGCUGUUGGAGUGGCACAGCAAGUCCUUGGUCAGCCAACAGUUCUAGUGAAUGCUUUACCAACACCAUUACUCAUCCAGCCUAGUAUGAUGACUGUUGAUGGAAUGACUGGACUUAAUCAGAAUACUAUGCAAAUUCCGCACCUAACAGUUGCAACAGGGAAUGUUCUCCAUCAUUCUCAAGGACCAAACAACACGGGGAAUGGCAUAGGGCAGUUGCUGGACACCAUGAAUCAAGAUCAUCCAGGUUCUCGGAACGCACAGAGCGCUGCUGGGUAUGUCCGUCAUGCAUCGCAGCAAUCGUCGCUGUUGUCACCGCCUGAAAUGUCGCAUCUUCACACACCUGGCGGUGGGAAGAAGAAAGGGGGCAGUAAGAAACGCAAAGUGUCUCCACAGACUGUGGCUUCCAUGUUGCACAUAGCAUCUCAACAGAAUUCCCCAGCGGCUGCAGCCGGUGUUGUCAUGCAACAGCAGCAGCAGCAGAGUUUCACGAUGUCUGGUCCUCAUCAGAGUAUAACCACAACUGGACCAAUGCUUCAGGCACUUACUAUAGUUCCGGGGAAGGGAGGAGCACCUGCACAGAUCCUCAUGAAUGGGCAGCCAGGCACAACUACAGGACAUUUUGGGACUCAGCAGCUAAUAGCGGCACCAGCCACUUCACAGCCCCCACAACAGAUAAAUCUUCUUCAACCUGUGAAUCUCUUGAAUGGUGCAACAGGUGUCGUUCAGAACUUCCCAACAUUCCAGCAGUUUAUUGUCCCUAGUUUGGGAGGCAUGGUCAUGGCAACGGAUGGCACCACUACCCUCCUUCCAGAUGCAACCAACCUCGGUGUUCAGUUGCAACUGCAGAAUGUCAAUGGUCAGAAUGUUCUAACUCCUGUUCAGAAUCAUGGAGGAGCUACAGUAUUUGGCCAUCCGACUGGACAAAGCAUUCUCACGGCAGGUCCUGCAGGAAUGGUUAUUCGCACUCCAACAACAGGAGGUAAGAUGGCAACAGGGCCAAUGCUGCAGCAACAAAAUGGUGGAGGGCCACAAUUCUUGGCCAGUUCUCCUAAUGGAGGACAGUUUCUUAUGAAUGGUACAGCAGCCUUUGGUGGGCAGCUUAGUCCACUGGUAGCAAACGUCAGUCCUAGCCAGCAGAUGUCUUUCACAGCCAACACUUCACCUACAGGAACACACCAAUCUCAGCAAGAGUUCAUACACUGUGGACAAGUGGGACAGACCCUGUUGGUACCGUGCACGGCCGCCACGACUCAGAACCACCAGAACACUACUGUAGUGCAGCAGAACACCACAAUUGUCCAACAACAGACUACGAUGGUGUCCAACAACCAACAACUUGUUACGGCUUCUCAGAACAGCAACAGUAACGUGACAUCGAGCACCACGUUGAAUGUGAACCAGCAGAACUUCAUUGUUGGGAACAGUGGCUCACAGUGUGUGCAAGAUAAGAUGCAGCUGAACGCGGUCCAGCAGAGCAGCAGUAGUGGAUCAUCAUCAUCAUCUCCUCCUGCACCUUCCAGACAGUCUGGCCAGCUGCCCCUAAUGAUGAAACAUUCAGUCUCCACUCAGACCGCUGUGAACCAGAGUGUUCAGGCAUCCUCAUCUCCUUCAGUGACGUGCGGAUCGCUUGUAGUGACAACUAAUAACACAUUUUGUCAGACUUCAAUUGCCGCUUCGUCCGGAGGCAGUCCACCAGACACCACGACACACAGUCCGGUAGAUCCCGGAAGUGGUGGCAGUUCAGAUGGUCAUCCCCUGACACCAUCUGCUGACACUACUACGCAUUUGACAGGUGUAGGGAGUACGGAUGAUGGUCUCUCAUCUCCGUCCCCUUCGUGUGCUGUCACAGGCUCUUAUAGUGGUGUUGGUACUAAUGGAGAAAAUAUUCCGGGACGUCAGCCAUCUUCUUCUGGGGUACCGGCAUCUGCGAUGCCCAUGGUGCAUUGUGUGUCGAGUAGUAACGAGCAAGACACUUCUAUUAUAGGAGACCAGACUGAAUAUGACUGGGGAGUGAGUAGUGGUAAAGGUGUCUUUGUGAGUCCAACUGUUACUGAAGGGGAGUUCAGCAGCAGUGCCUCAAGUCCGCGUCAAAUCGAUUACACUGGGAAGUAUGUCGGGAGCGACAUCAUGGUGAGCCUCGCCGGCGCAGGACAUAUGGUGUGCGAAAGUGAAAGGAGGAAAAGUGUCGGGAAUAUGUACGUUGAAUCCUCUACGGUCGCCUCGUUGUCGUCGUUUAGCGGCGAGCAUCAGCAGCAAGAAGCUGUUGUGAGUUCAAGGCAGAUGUUUGAAUAUAAUAAAAAUGACGAGAGGAGGGCCGUGCCUCGGACCGCCAUGAACCCCAAGCUGUGUAGCAGUAGCAGUACCGUGGGGCUUGCCGCAGCGAUGGCAGAACGCGGUGCCAAGCGCAAACACAGCGAUGCCCUGAUCAUCAUGGAGACACAUCCUCAUGAUAUUCACAGCAUGGAAGAGGAUGAUGAAGAAAGUGUGGCAGAGGAAGGGUCUGGGGGCCUUUCCGAGGGCGACCUUGUCUGGGGGGCGGCUCGGGGAUUUCCUGCGUGGCCUGGCAAACUGGUGGGACCUGUCACCGAUGGGGACAAAGUUUGGGUACGCUGGUUUGGAGGUGACCGAGCCCUCACCCAGGUCUCACUGCAGUCCCUGAAGACAUUGUCGGAAGGGCUCGAGGCACACCAUCGAGCAAGGAAGAAGUUCAGGAAGAGCCGUAAAUUAAACAGCCAGCUGGAGAACGCAAUUCAAGAAGCUAUGCUUGAACUGGAUCGCAUGACAGAAGAACAGCAGUCCGUAUCAGCAGCUGUCGGUAAUGAACCAACUGGACGACUGAGGCGGAGCACACAUCGGUCCUACCACUUGGCACCAUAGUUACAAGACACUUUUUCCUGGAAGGUUUCAAGAAGUGUAGAAGUACUAGUUAUCAUUUGUCAUUGCGUUACAUGCUUCGGAAAGAGAGUGUUUUUUUGUUUUUUUUUGUUUUGUAACUUGGAAACUGUCCUUGCCUUGCAGCAAGAAGUCAGUAUCUGUUAAAAACCAGCACUCAUCUUGUUGCAAACUGCACUUGUACCUCAACAUGAAGAGAGGACCAUCAGUAAAGUUUCUACUGUCAGUCACAAAUUUUGUUUUAGAAAAAUCAGUUUACAGUGAAACACGUCCGCAGUUUAUAUUAUACUUGUGUUUUGUUUUGUUUUGUUCGCCUCAGACCUUCGACUUGUGUUUAACCAUUCUUAGGCAAAUGUGAGAUCUCGUGUUCUGGAAUGUUGUGCCGUGUCUGGUAGAAGUUUGCCGACGUUUCAGAGGCGCUCGGCUGCCUCCGUCAUCAGGACUCAUUGCCUCAGAGGCAAGAACUCUGGUAAACUUGUACCAAACAACAUGGUGCUUCAUCCAGAAGACAGUCGUCUUCAUUGUUAGAUUCUGUUUCUACCAUAUUCUACGACUACAACUCCAAAGACGUGGAGCACAUUCGUUUUUUUACGUUUUCUUGUUUAAGCUGUUAACAUUUGCUCCUUCUUGCCCUUACCUCUAAGUACUAUGUUGAUUGUCAGAUUAGAUGCCAUUUGUGCAGUACAAAUUUUGUUGGUGUUGAAAUUUGAAGCAUGAGUGUCCUAUUGGAAGGAUCAGUACGUGUCUAGGGAUCUGAACAUUGACGUAAGUGUCCCUGAGGAUUUUUCGGACUUCCGUAACCUAACCUGUGAGCAAGGUUUAUUUAGGAACGAUGUAUUUUGACUUGAUUUAAUGGCCUCUGGCCUCUGGUUGUUUCCCAAACCCCGAAGCUGAAGAACCAAGGUUGGUAUAACUGAAAUACUUUCUUCUCCGGCUGUGUUCUUUGUUGUCAGCCUGUACACCUCUCCUCGUUCAAAGAUGGUUCUUUUUUCUCUCUCAGACAGAGAUUAUAAUGCAUUUACGUCCUUCCAUACUUUGUAGUUAUUAAAUAGACAUACUUUUGAAUACCAAACACUUUUAAUCGCAGUAGUUGUUGGGUUACAUUUCAUUCUUUGUUAUACUCUCAUAGUUGUUUUGGUCCAAAACAUCACAUUUUGUUCAAUCCCUUUAAGCUUUGAUUUUGAAAAUACUAAUACUUUUAAUGAAUGUUUAAAAAACGUUCUCAUAUAUCAACUCAUAACUUUUUGUUUGGUAACGUCUUGUGGUGUUUUGGUGUUUUAUUGCGGAAAAGUAAUCAGUGCGUACUAAUUUGAAAAUGUAACAAAUGCAAAAAAAAAUGUGAUGGUGAUAAAAGUUGGAAUACUGCAGUGCAAUCUUAAUUGGAACCGGAAGUGAUAUGAUAGAGGGCAGCAUAUUCUGGGUCGUAACAGUGAAAGGCAACUUUCAAGGAACGCAGUGAUUACGAGUGAGGCAAGAUUAAUUAGUGCAGAAGUUUUAAAAAUAUGCACUUCACUAAUUUUAGAAAUUUUUUUAAGAACUUGUCACUAAACAAAUACAUUUUUGCAAAUCAUUAUGUAUGUAUGUGUGUGUAUUUAAAGUAAUUAUAAUCAAACCAAAUGCGACAUUUUGGGCUAAAACAUUGAUCAUGUUCUGAUGAAGACUGACGUUUUUGUUGCCCCCACGGAAUUUCUGAUAGUUGCGGACGGCAAUCGAAUGUACUCCAGACCCUCUCCAUUGUCUCAUCAGUGCAACACAUGGAUAGAAACCUCUUCACGGAAUAGUGCAAAAGGAACGCGAUGUAAUUUUAUCUCUGCUAAUUUCAAUUUCAAUUACAGGUAGUUACUGAAUUGGUAUAAUGAACCGCUGCUACCUAACGGUUGGACUUUUCUGUGCUUAAACUGAGGUUGUUCGUGACCCGUGAGGCUGAGAGUAUUAUGUGACGUAGCGGUGUAAGACUUCAUGCGUGACAGUAACUAGAAUGGUCCUGUAAAUUUGCCACUCGAUAUAAACUCUUCGUUUUCUGGAACUGUAUCGAGGGCUGAUACGU